CCUCAUGCACACAGCAAUAUCCCAGUGAGGUAAAUCCCCAGCAUCCCCCCCAUACGCUGCCACAGCCCUCCCUCUAAUGCAACUGGUGUGUGUGUGUAUGUGUCACCACUUUUCUCUGACAUUCCUGUGCGGAGCGCAGAGACGGUGCGCUUGGCUGCAGGGAGGCAGAGCUCCACAUCGAGCUCCAUUAGCAAAAACAAGGACUUUUACCCAGAAAAACCAGAGGGACAUUAUUUCCUCCCUCUGGGCUACAGCUCGGCUCUUCUCAUCGUGUUCAUCCCUCUGGUUCUGAACAUCCAACUUUGGGAGAUCUGCCUGCAAGUGAGCUGAGACGUCUCACAUUUUCAACAAGGGAGGGUUUCUACAAAAGCAUCCUUUUGUACCCCUACCACUCUAUCUUUUCCUCUUCAUCUCUUCCCUGGAUCCGGAUUCCAAACUUCAGACUGCAAGAGUUUGAGACACACUUUUCGAGAAGCAUACAAAAAAGGGCAUAGUGUUGCAACUGCUUCCAAAGAGACCCUGGCUCCUGUAAAGAUGGCUGACGUGGUGCAGCCAGACACAAACAGCCUGCAGAUCCCGGGUGAUGAUUUAUCGGCCCCUUCGUCGCCUGCCACGGCCAGAAUGGACUGCAGCAUCACACCCCUGACGCCCUCACCCUCACCAAGGGUGGAGGUCAGACCCAGGAUGGCCUGCCCGUUCUCCGUUGUUGUGGCGAUCGAUUUCGGGACGACCUCCAGCGGCUAUGCAUUCAGCUUCACAAAGGAUUCAGACGCCAUACACAUGAUGAAGCGCUGGGAGGGCGGCGACCCCGGGGUAGCCAAUCAGAAGAGCCCGACGUGUUUGCUGCUGACUCCUGAUUUGCGGUUCCACAGUUUUGGGUUCGCGGCGCGGGACUUCUACCACGACCUGGAUCCAGAAGAGGCCCGGCACUGGCUCUACUUCGAUAAAUUUAAAAUGAAGAUCCACAGCACAAGUGACCUCACCAUGGAGACAGAGCUGGAUGCGGUCAGCGGACGCAAGGUCCGGGCCAUCGAGGUGUUCGCUCACGCCCUGCGCUUCUUCAGGGAACAUGCUCUGAAGGAGGUGAAGGACCAGUCUUCAUCAGUGCUGGAGGGAGAGGACAUCAGAUGGGUGAUCACGGUCCCCGCGGUGUGGAGACAACCUGCCAAACAGUUCAUGAGAGAGGCUGCAUACCUGGCCGGCCUGUUGUCCCCCGACUGUCCGGUGCAGCUCCUCAUCGCUCUGGAACCGGAGGCUGCUUCCAUUUACUGCCGCAAGCUCCGCCUCCACCAGGUGCUUGACCUCAGCCUGCAGCCAAUCAUGAACGGCCUCGACAUGGACGGGUCGCGGGCCUUUGACUCCAGCUUCAGACAAGCGAGGGAGCAGCUGAGGCGAUCCAGACACAGCAGGACCUUCCUGGUGGAGAGCGGAACCGGAGAGCUUUGGUCAGAGCUGCAGACUGGCGACAGGUACAUUGUUGCAGACUGCGGAGGAGGAACAGUCGACCUGACCGUGCACCAGAUCGAGCAGCCACAGGGCACACUCAAAGAGCUCUACAAGGCCUCAGGUGGUCCAUACGGGUCUGUCGGCGUGGACCUGGCCUUCGAGGCCAUGCUGUGCCAGAUCUUUGGUGAGGACUUCAUCCAGAGCUUCAAGGCCAAGCGUCCGGCCGCCUGGGUGGACCUCACCAUUGCAUUCGAGGCGAGGAAGCGGACGGCGGCGCCGGGCAGGGCCAACGCCCUCAACAUCUCGCUGCCCUUUUCUUUCAUCGAUUACUACAAGAGGCACAGAGGGCAGAGUGUGGAGGCCGCGCUGAGGAAGAGCAAUAUGAACAUAGUGAAGUGGUCGUCCCAGGGGAUGCUGCGAUUGACGCAGGAGGCCAUGAAUGAGCUCUUCCAGCCCACAAUUGUCAACAUUGUAAAGCACAUUGAGGAGCUGAUGGUGAAGCCGGAGGUACACGGCGUGCGUUUCCUCUUCCUCGUUGGAGGUUUCGCCGAGUCACCUAUGCUGCAGAAGGCAAUCCAGAAGGCUUUUGGACGGACGUGCCGCAUCAUCAUCCCCCAUGACGUCGGCCUGACCAUACUGAAGGGCGCCGUGCUCUUUGGGCUGGAUCCCACUGUGGUCCGAGUGCGUCGAUGCCCCUUGACCUACGGCGUCGGUGUGUUGAACCGGUUUGUGGAGGGCCGCCACCCUCGAGACAAACUCCUCAUCAAGGACGGCCGCGAGUGGUGCACCGACAUCUUCGACCGCUUCGUCUGCCUCGACCAGUCGGUGGCCCUGGGCGAGGUCGUGCGGCGCAGCUACACGCCCGCUCGCCUGGGCCAACGCAAGAUCAUCAUCAACAUCUACUGCAGCGCUGUGGACGACAUCACGUACAUCUCGGACCCCGGCGUCAGGAAAUGUGGCACCAUCACUUUAGACCUACCGGAGCCGUUGCCGCUGCCGGGCGCAGUGGGGGGAGCAGGGGGAGGAGGCCAGGAGAGGAGGGAGAUCACAGCGACCAUGCAGUUUGGGGACACGGAGAUCAAAGUGACCGCCGCUGACGUCAUGUCGAACCGCUCCGUGCGGGCCUCCAUAGACUUCCUGUCUAACUGAGGAGGAGCAGGAAGUGGAGAAAAGGAAGUAGCUGAUAUCAAGGAUGAUAAUUUUAGAAAAAGCGGUACUUUGGGAGUGGGCCCCGGACACUGUGGGAGGGUCAAGGACCUUUGGAUUCGCACUAGAAGCUCAUGACAUUUAGGCUUUUCAUUUAACCACUAGAGCAGAAAAAACAUCAUGAACUUAUAAAGAAUGAAUAUUGAACUCAACAGUGACGUGCUCUCUAAAAAACGAAAUGUCUGCCCUCUGGCUUCAGGUGGAGUGAGACGAACAGGUGAGGUACUGUAAGAUUGUCCAACCUGCGUGAGAACUUCAGCCUCUGUGGACGUUUAUUAAUCAGUUGCCUGGAGGAACUCAACCGAAGGAAUAAACUACCUGGAGUGACACUCACUCAUAUACGUAUUAAAUAAACGUUGACGUAAACUGCCUUUUCUCUCAUACACUAAAUAAUACCUCAUCCUAUUCCUAUACUAAAAUAUAUGAGAUUUUGAUUCCACUACCUGAGCUGCAGCUUUGUCUCUUUGGCGCGAUUGUGCACCACCUAGUGGUGAAAAUAUUGAAUUACAAGUUGAAAAUAUUGGAAAACUGAAAUUGUCAGAAGUCAUGUAGAAGGUAGGAUGUGUCUCUAACAGGGUAUUAAAAAUAAAUAUUACAUUAGCAAUUUCACAUGCAUGUCUGACAGAUGUUACCCUGUAUGUGUGAGGCUGAACAUACUGUACUUUGGUCACUGAAGGGUGAUCGAUCAAGCUGCAAACACAACACAGACACACAUUUUUUGUGGUUGAAGCCUUGUGCAGAAGUUAAGUAUAAAAAGGAUAAUGUCAUCAAUCCACAUUCAAUACCACACAUUGUUAGAGUCAAUAAUAUUGAAUACUAAUUAUAAAGGUAAAACUGGAAUAUCACAUUGACAUGACUAGCUUUGUCCCUUUGCCACGACACAUGAAACCAAGCACGGGGGCCUCGCAUUUAUCUACAGCAUCUGAGAUCCUCCAUUAUGGAAUUCACAACCUGUCCAAGUGUGACGGCCGGAUUCUGUAGCUUCUUUUAAAUCCCUUUUAUUUAGUUAUAUAUAAAACAAUGUAAUUGUUCUUUUUUCUCUGGUCAGUUUUAUCCUCUUUUCUUAUGUCGGCCUGGUGUUCUUUAUUCUUUGUAGGGCACUUUGUAAUGUUUUAAAAAGGUGUUAUAAAAUAAAGUUUAUCAUUUUUGAUUAUGAGCAUCAGAGAUAGCAAAGGACCCGAUGGUCAUCGUGGCUGAUCCCCAACUCUGAUGUGCCUUUACAGCUGUGAGGUGUGUCUUUCCAAAUGAUGUCCAACCAGCUGAAUGUAGCACUGGAGGACUCAGCUACAUUUCAACUUUCAUAGUCUGAACACUUGUCAGUGAUAUUUCAGUUCAUCCCUUUUUUUUAUAUAAAUUAUUUUUGCUGCAACAAAUUCAAUUAAUAUUUUUGGUGAAUGCAUUGUACUGUGUGCACAUCCCGAUCAUGUUUAUAAGUUGCCUCUUCAUACACCUCAAGAAUCUGAAUUAGCAGGGGGAGUAAAGAUCGCUGCUCUUACUGCACUUAGCAAAUUCAGUUCCAGUGCAGAUAUUGGUUAAUGCAGCUGUAAGUGGAAGAACUAUAUGGAUGGUUUGGUCGGUUUGUAUUUUUCAGAUCUGAAGACAUCAGCUUGUCAAGUCUAAGUCAGAAAAUAACCUCUCUAUGUAUGCUUUAAUAAACUGUAUCCAUGGUUAUGAAUAAAGUCAAACAAAACUUAUGAACCACUAAUUCCAAAAAAUGCAAUGAUUUUCUCAGGAUAAUCCAUAGAAUAUUCUGCUGUAGCGCCUUCUGAGCCCCAUUAAAUAGCACAAAAUGGUACAUUUUUACGCUUUAACUAGUUUGCAUCUCCCUACUCCACAUGCCUGACCACCGAAACUUUGCUCUGUGCAGAAAGAGUAGUAAACAUUAUGAUUUAUGAUUGAGAUAUAAAACUGAUCCGACGCACCGAGCCAGUGAGAGAACAGAGGAGACAUUGUUGUUAAAUAGAUCAAAUAAAAAUAAUGUGACCUUUUCUGCUUCUUUCCUUCGACAAUGACCAAUCACUUUUGCAGACAAGUUUGAUUUCAGCUGUGAAUUUAUUGAUAAGAAUGGUCCAAUAAAUAGAUUCCCACAGCGCAUACAAUGAAUGGUUCAGAACUGUACUACAUCAGUGCUCAAUUUUCAUGUUCCACAGUUUGUCACGUAACAGAAAAUAACAAACCAGAUUAGAAGUGACAGAAUGGCUCCUUCAGGUCAAAGAGGAAGAGCCGACCUCGAAGGGACAGGAGUGUGUUUGUUUCAAAACCAAUGGGGGGGAUUGAUAUUAUUCUCGUAUUUCACAAUAAUUUCCCAGUAACAUGGCCACAGGUGGAAGCAGACAGUGCGUUAAAUGUAUAACAGCUAGUCAAAGCUUGGCAAAAAAAAAAAAAAUCUACAGAUGGACACAAGAGACGUCGGCCAUCUUGGACCCAGCCAAAGAAUCUGUCAUGAAAUUUAAGGAUGAACUUCUCUCUCUCCCCCUUUGGGUUUGUUUCACUACACCUGCCAUUCGCAAACGUGUACGA